AUGUACUCGGCAGAAACCACCCAACACUCACAAAAGUCCAUCGUCAGAAUGGAUCCCGAUUGCGCCAUUUGCCAUGCUCCGGCAACCGUUGCCUGUGACUGUGAGGCCAAGGGCCUCGAGAUGGCCGUCAAGCAGGCUGAAAACCGGAUGAUGCAGUCUAUCUACAAUGACAUCCGGUCAUGGGUGCGAGCUCAUGCUCAAGACUACAUCCUCGAUCACUUCCGCCAGCUGACUGAGCGACGAAAGACGGCACAUGCCUCGCACCUGGACCGCAUCACAGAACACGCCUGGCAAUACUACCAGCAGCCACCUCAUCCUAGUGAACUCGCCAACGCCCAGGCCCAGUUGAAGCGUGGCAUCGAUGAGGACUGGCAGGCUUCAGUACAGCGAUACCCCGAGGUGCUCGAGUACUUCUACAGCCUAGUCGAGUUGACCCUUCCAGAUGAUGGUGACGCAUCUGUCAAGGACCCUCCUCUCAAUGCUCUUAACGCACCCAGGAGAAUUAGCACAAGCUCGAGGAUGGCGCCUGGUGCCCCAGCAACUGUGGCCAGCGGUCGCAGCAUGGCCUACGACAGAGAUAUUGCCCCCAUGCCUGCCAUGCGACGCACGCCACCCCCGAUUGAGCCGGUCCGUGGAAGUGACAGGCGGACACCAGGACCAAGGGAGCGGAGACAAUCAUACCGGGCACCACACCCUGGACCGCCAACAUACUAUCCUCAGCAGCCAUACUAAAUGGCCAACAACCUCGACAAGUUGACAAUACUACGUUCGCUUCAAAUCGAGAUUCCCUUUGUCAUCGCUUGCCUCAUGCUUUACCAUGGCCUCGACAAGGGGUCACACAUCUACAGCAUGAGGAUCUUUUCUUACAUACCAUUCUUGCAUACCACGGCCGCAUUGUUGCAUAUCACAUUUAGGGAAAGCGACGGCGGCAUUUGUUCUCAAAAAAUCAAGUAAAGGAUC